CAGAAGGGGCGAGGGGGAGAGAGAGAGAGAGAGAGAGAGAGCGAGAGAGAGAGGGCAAAAGGGAGGAGAAAUAGGGAACGAGAGGUAUUUUCGCUAAAAUUGUAAGGAUGGAUAGUUCGCAAAGCUAGAAGCGAGGAUCGCAAAUGAGAAAACGAAGCCUGGAGGUAUCGCUUCUAUGAGAACGAACGUGAAAUACGUUAAACACGAGCACAAAGACGAGUAGCCGUAGGAAAAUUAGUUAUACCGAGCUGGUCUGACCGAAAACGGAUAGCUUAAAAGAAUUCUAAACGAUAAACUAGCUGGUACCAUAAGAAAAUUUUAUAUGUAAAACAAAUUGCUUUAAGUAGGAGAACAAAGGAUUUGAACAAAAAAAAAAACAAAAAAAAAUAAAAAGAAAAAAAGGAAGAGAAGAGCAAAACGAUUUCUACGAACAGUAGAACUUUAUUAGGGGCAGAGAAAAAUAAUUUUAAAAGAGAGGAAGUCUCAAGGUGACAAAGCACAGAAGCGAUUAUAGACGAUACGUUUGGGAUAAUAAUGAGCGAAAGCUGAAAGUCACCGGAAAUAAAAGGUAGAAAAGUAAACGAGAAACAUACGUACGUGGAACGAGAAGCUGAGGAAAGAAGGAAGGGAAGGAGACAGAAAGGAAAUUGAUUUAUUGUCACGGGGAAAUAAAACUCGCUUUCAGAACGCACAAAGUAUUUUUCGGCAAUAGUGAACUCUUCAGACAUGAAUGUGACUUCAGACGUGGACAUUUUUGCAAACGAGAGUUACAACGUGAGCAACGGUCUCGAUUGCGGAGGAGAACUACACUCGUACAGAAUAUGGGAACGCGUGUUGAUCGUUAUCAUCGCGGUUUUCCUCAGUCUGACCACCGUUGUCGGUAACAUCAUGGUGAUGAUUUCGUUCAAGAUCGACAAACAACUGCAAACGAUCUCCAAUUAUUUCCUGUUCAGCCUAGCAGUUGCUGAUUUCGCGAUCGGUCUAAUCUCCAUGCCUCUCUUCACAGUUUACACUGUGCUCGGCUAUUGGCCGUUGGGGCCGCAUAUCUGCGACACGUGGCUAGCAUUAGAUUACUUGGCCAGUAACGCAUCAGUUUUGAAUCUUCUUAUAAUCAGCUUCGACAGAUAUUUCUCUGUGACGAGGCCUCUUACCUACCGAGCCAAGAGAACUACUUCUAAGGCAGCCAUUAUGAUCG